AUGCCUACUCGCCAUGAACUUGUCGUCGUCAAAACUCAUCAUGCACAAAAUGUGCCUGGAAGAAAUCUAUGGGCGUUUGCAAAGCGUAAUAACAAGCCUUAUCAAGUCCUACAUUGGACACGCACGGUGAAAAUUUGCGCUCACUUGGGAUGUGGUGCCAGAUGUGAUGAUAGGAAAUCUUUCAA